UUUUCGGUAUUAUAGAGCCUAGAAUCGAUUCUAAUCCCACACGAAGAACCAAACCCUUUUCCCCAUCGAUUUUCACUCUUCAUCGACGAAAAUGGGAUCUUCAGCGAUGGUUUUGGACCCAAAACCCGUAUCGGAACCGCCACCGUCGUUUCCAUCGACGAAAUCCGGCUACCUCUACGGCGGCGAUAUUGCCUCCGACGAAGACGACCUCUACAGCCGCCUGAAAUCGCUGCAGCGGCAGCUGGAGUUCAUCGAUAUCCAGGAGGAGUACGUUAAGGAUGAACAGAAGAAUCUGAAGCGGGAGCUUCUUCGUGCUCAGGAGGAGGUUAAAAGGAUCCAGUCGGUUCCUCUGGUUAUUGGCCAGUUCAUGGAGAUGGUGGAUCAGAACAAUGGUAUCGUUGGAUCCACUACUGGAUCCAACUACUAUGUUCGGAUUCUUAGUACUAUCAAUCGCGAGCUUCUCAAGCCUUCCGCCUCCGUCGCCCUCCACCGCCAUUCCAAUGCUCUCGUCGAUGUUCUUCCACCGGAGGCAGAUUCCAGCAUCUCUCUUCUCAGCCAGUCUGAGAAGCCAGAUGUUACUUACAAUGACAUUGGAGGGUGUGAUAUCCAAAAGCAGGAAAUUCGUGAGGCUGUGGAGCUACCCCUUACACAUCAUGAGCUAUACAAACAAAUUGGUAUUGAUCCUCCUCGUGGUGUACUACUAUAUGGUCCCCCUGGCACUGGUAAAACCAUGCUGGCUAAGGCUGUUGCUAAUCAUACCACUGCUGCCUUCAUCAGGGUUGUGGGAUCUGAGUUUGUGCAGAAGUAUCUUGGCGAGGGUCCAAGGAUGGUUCGUGAUGUAUUUCGGCUUGCGAAAGAGAAUGCCCCUGCAAUUAUAUUCAUUGAUGAGGUUGAUGCAAUAGCUACUGCUAGAUUUGAUGCACAAACUGGAGCUGACAGAGAAGUACAACGUAUCCUCAUGGAACUUUUGAAUCAGAUGGAUGGUUUUGACCAAACAGUGAAUGUUAAAGUGAUUAUGGCAACUAAUCGGGCAGACACUUUGGAUCCUGCUCUUUUGCGUCCUGGAAGGCUUGAUCGCAAAAUCGAGUUCCCUUUGCCUGAUAGACGCCAAAAGAGGCUUGUGUUUCAGGUUUGCACAGCCAAGAUGAACUUAGGUGAUGAGGUGGACCUGGAAGAUUAUGUUUCUCGACCUGACAAAAUUAGUGCUGCGGAGAUAUCUGCCAUUUGUCAAGAAGCAGGAAUGCAUGCUGUUCGUAAAAAUAGAUAUGUCAUACUUCCAAAGGACUUUGAGAAGGGUUAUAGGACGAACGUGAAGAAACCUGAUACUGACUUUGAAUUUUACAAGUAAUGAUGAGGGUUUUCUGAAAGUUUUUUAUUUGUGGUAGUUUUUUUAGUUGCAGAACUUAUGUAGUUAAAGGGUACAUUUCUAGAGUAGUCUGGGUUAUGUAAUAUUCACGAGAAAUUAUACUAUAUGUUUUGUUUUUUUAUUUCUCUUCAAUUCUGUGUGUUUCAUUUUCAUAUUCCAAAAUUGUUAUCUGAAAUGAAUGAAUAAAUAUCUAUCAUUUUCAUUCUAA